AUGGUAGCAGUUCUAAUCUUGGUGUUGGCGAGCGUAUUUCUGUGUGCGACUCCUGUGCAUCAUCAACGCUUUAAACUGCCCAUGUGCCUCACGGGGUACAUGACGGACGUGCAGUCAUGGGUCGAUGAGCGCGGAUCCUUCACCGAUAAAGUGGAUAGAAGAUAUGCUGUGGAGCUACUAAAUUUUAUAGAAGCCAGUUCAAUGUAUACGGACAUGGAAAUAAUUGCACGCUCCAAAGCUCGUAAACAAAUCAGAGAGAUUAGAUACCUGAGUGUAGCUAGAUGUGGCCUGACCAGGAUACCAAGGUUCUUCGACAUACAAAUAUACGAUGACGGCAGUACGAUGGCAGACAGAUUAGAAUACGCAACAUUUUACGGCAACAAUUUCAUAGAAGUCAGCAUACCCGGUGAGAGUUACAACGUCCAAUUUAAUGCUACCGAAGCGGAGGUCAUUACGAAUCCGAACAGCUUAAAAGACGAUGCACCAACGCUUUGGAUUAAUGGACUUCACGAUGUUACUUUUAAAGUUCUAAAGGAGCUUGAUCUUCGCGCAUGCGGCAUUCAGAAUUUGAGCCCAUUUUACUUCUCGAACAUGAAAGCAUUGGAAGCGCUCUACUUGGGAGAAAAUGAAAUACACACCAUUCCGAGCAACGCUUUCACGGGACUUAAUAAACUGCUGCAUUUAGAUUUGAGCCGGAAUUUCGCUUUAGAUCCUAACGGGUUAAGCAAAACUCUGCUAAUAGAACAUGCAAACGUUUUCUCGCCACUCGAAAGUUUAAAAUCUAUCGACUUUUCCCAUACGAAAAUGGUUCAGAGAAACGUUGUAGCUCUCAGGAAUCUUAGUGAGAGGUUGGAGAGGAUAUCGUUGUGUUCCGUUGGCUCGUUGACAUUCGACGAACGUUUCUUGAGGUCUUCUUCUAUAAAAAUUUUGGACAUUUCCGGGGUACAGGGUUUGGUAUCCAGUUCCCAAGUUUUACAACGCAUGCAGUCGUCACUCAAAGUGCUGUACGCCACAGAUUCGGGAAUCGACAAUUUCGACGUAUUCAAGGAUUUCGAAAGAUUGGAAAUCUUGAAAUUGUCUAGGAACGAGAUAACGACAGUGAGCAAGACGACUGCUGAAUCUCUGACCAAUUUAAAAGUAUUGGACUUAAGCUCCAACAGGCUUAAUAGUUGGUUCGAGAGAAUAUUUAGCCAAAUGCCCUCUUUGGAAGUGUUGAAAGUGUCGGACAACAAUAUCAACAUAAUAUCGGAACAGAUGUUGGCAGAUUUUGCCAACGUAUCGUAUUUGGGCCUAUCUGGGAAUUCUCUAGUUUGCAACUGCCGUUCAAAGGACUUGAUAGAAUUGGCUACGAGGAACGAACUGCAUAAGGAAGACAGAGCGAUUCCACAAGCCCCUGGAAAAAAUGGAAAAUUUGAUUUUCAUAUCGGCUUCGAAGAUAUUAACCAGAAGAUUGCUCUUCGACACAACAUAUCAUACCUUUGCGAACGAGGAUUUUGCGAUAUCGAAGAUCAUAUAGAUGGUAGAGUGCUGAUUUCCGAUUACAGCCCGAAUGGUUACAAAUGCUUUCAGAUGGGCGAAAGCAGAUCUCUAGCCAUAGUUGAAGUUAAAUCUUGUAACGAAGAAGGGAGAAACAGUGAUGUGAUUGCAGAUUUGGAUGCUGGAUGGAAUAAAUUGUUGAUUCUGUUGUUGCUUCCUUGCAUUCUGUUGCCGUUGACUUUGGGGUUUGUGUUCAGGAGAAACCUAAGAUAUUUCUGGGUGACCUUAAGGAACUCAGCUCUCAUCAGUAUGGUGAAUAAGAACAAGGUCAUUGAUGAUGACACGAUCUUCAACUAUGAUGUGUUCGUCUCGUACUGCCACGAGAAUCGUGCGUGGGUUCUGGGCAAGCUUCUGAGCCAUUUGGAGCAGGAGUGCAGCGUCAGUCUGUGCCUCCAUGAGAGGGACUUCCAGGUUGGUCUCACGAUUCUGGAGAACAUAGUGUCUUGCAUGGACCGCUCCAAAUUCAUUAUGUUGAUCAUCUCGAAGCAGUUCCUCUUGAGCCAAUGGUGCCAGUUCGAAAUGCACUUGGCUCAGCAUAGGUUGCUGGAGACCCGCCGCGAAGAUCUGAUCCUCAUCCUCCUGGAGGAGAUUCCCCGCCGGCUGCGACCCAACAACUUGCACUACCUGAUGCUGACCAAGACCUACCUAGUGUGGCCGAAGAAGGAAUCGGAACAGCCGCUGUUCUGGAAACGACUCAACAAGAGCGUGGAAGCGCAUAAACAGAGACGCAGGGAGAACGCGUCGAUAGCGUGA